AUGGUUGAUGCCACGUCCUUCUCCUCCCCGCUCCCUCCCCAAUCCACGACAGUGUACCAUAACUGUCAGACGUACAACCUGCAGCGACUCAUCGUCCUGCUGUGCCGUAAGCUGGAGGGGGCGAGCAAGCGAGGCGCUGAUGUGGCGGUUGCCAACCUGCUGUGCCUGCUGCGCAUCCUCCUCCAGGACCUCAUGGAGCACCUCACGCCGGCGCAACUCCAGGCAUUCCUGUCGUGGCCAGCCCCAGGCUCCCCUCACAAGGUGGCUGUGGAGCGAGAUGCCCAGGAGGAGGAGCAAACGCCCGUGGAGCAGCAGCUGGUGGGGGCUUGCCUCCGUGCGCUGGUGGCCCGCAAUGAUCCGGCCGCGAGCGCUGGCGAGUACCUGACACAGUUGCACCUGCUGCAGCUGCUCUUGGUCAUGCUUUCCACCCAGCUGUACUGCCAGGACCUGGAUGAGCAGGGACUGGAACUCCCGCUCCUGGCCGCUGUGCUUGAACAAAGCGAGGUGGACCCGGUGUCUGUGGUAGAAACACUGCUGAGGCUGGUGAUUGUGGGACCCCAAGCCCCUCUGGGCCUCCGGCUCUUCCUGCCGACAGACACACGGGCGAUCCUGCGCAGCCUCGUGUGGCUCCCCAUGUCGGCCUUCUCCUUCCUCCUGCGGCGGCAGCCGGCGGCGCCGGGUCAGAGCCCCUUGGGCCUGCAUGCCUGCCUUCUGCUCCUCACGCUGUGCUUCCACGCGCUGCCCGGCGAGGGUGCCGAGGGCGCACUGACUGUACGCACACCGGGGCCCUACCGCCUCGCGCUUCAUGGUCUGCGAGAUGCCGACGAUGCAGAGGCCACGGCAGCCGCCGCCGAGGACGGGCGGGGCGCGCUGGGGCGCGGCCCACGCGCCUCCUUCCCCGCCCUCUUCGCGUGCCUGACCCGGGAGCCCGUGGCCCCCCCGGAGACCGCGCUGCUGCUGUACCUCGUGCUGCACGACGGCGGCGACUUCCGCGGCUACUGCCUGGCCCGCACCGACCCCGAGGCCCUGCUGCUGCCCCUGCUGGGCGCGCUGCAGCGCGAGGACGCGGGGCGGGGGGACCGCGGCGCCGUGUACGUCCUGCUCACGCUGCUGCUCGCGUUUUCUUCGGAUGCGGGAUGGGCCGCCGCCCUGCACCGCGUCUGGCUGGAGGCCACCCCACCCUGGCUCAAGGGCCGGGCUCGGGCCAAGCAGCCGCUGGGCAGCCUGGCGCUGUCGGUGCUGCUGCGCUCCGCGCACGCCAGCGUGGCGCGGCACGGCGACGCCUUCCUCCAGACCAACACCCUGGCCGUGCUCGCCAACCUGGCGCCACACGUGACAGGCCUGACCUCCGAGGCGGCGCAGCGCCUGGUCUCCCUGCUGGCCCUGCUGGCGCGGCGCUGGCGCCGGCUGGCGGCUGACGCUGCCGGGCUUACGACGAUGGCGGCGGCCGUCGGCAAUCCAGCCACGGCAGCCGACGGCACCCCGGAGGCAACGAGCCUGGCCGUCUCUGAGUCAACCUCCGCGGCCGCCGCCGAGUCUGCGCAGCUGGCGCACGACUUCCUCAGGAUGGCCCUGGAAAGCGCGAGCGCGGUGCUGGAGCGCGCGCUGCCGGCCAACCCGGCGCUGGUCUACGCGCUGCUGCACCGCGGCGAGCUGUUUGAGGGGCUGCCGCGGGACGACCCCGGCCUGCGCGUCCCCCUGGCCAACAUCCUGGCCGUCAUCGAUCACUUCACGCGCGCCCUGGCGCGCAGCCUGGGCGAGGGCGCGGCGGCGCUGGAUGCAGGGACGGUGAUGGCGGCCAUCCGCCACGACAGCCGGGCGUGGCGGGGGGACCGCCUGCAGCGUGGGGCCGACCUGCAUUUUGCAUACGAGGAAGGCCUGCAAGCGCACUCCUUCUUCGUGCCAUGCGUGUGGGCGAGGGUGGUGGCAGCCUCCUCCCUGUCCUGGGACCUGGACGCCAUCAGCCUCUUCACCCCCGAGGGUGCGGUGGGCUGCAGUAUCUAG